UUUUUUUAACAAUUAAUCUACUCGACCUCCGUUCUUCUCCCUCACCCAGACGACACCCCCCACUCCUCACUUUCCCUUCUCUGCGAAGGGUCUUCUUCCUCACCCAGACGAAACCCCCCCACCCCUCACUCUCCUUUAUCUUCGAAGACUCUUCUCCCUCACCCAGACGAAGCCGUGUCCUCAGACUCUUCUCCCCCCUCUUUUUUGGGUCACCCUCAGCCCAGCGCCGCGCCCCUUGUCGAAGAAACCCUAGGAGUUCGUAAUAAUAUUUCUUCUUUUUCCAACCAAACGCCGUCACCCCUCGCCCGAGCACCCGUCAUUUCGCCGUCACCACCCACCCGAGCACCCCUCGGUUUAUUCCUCACCUUAGCGAGAUCUCACUUACCCCAGCACCCCUCACCCGAGAUACCCAUCACCCCUUCACUGAUUUGGUUUUCACUGUCAACGAUUCCUCGCUUGUGUGGCCUCUCUCUCUCACCGAGCCCUCUGGCUCUCUCACCGUGCUCUCUGUCUCUCUCACCGAGCCUUGUAAGGAUCCCGUCAGAUUUGGUUUAUAUGGCAUUGCAAGAACAAUUAGAUAAAUUCAAGAAGCAGCAAGAGAAAUGCCAGUCAACCCUCACAAGCAUUGCAGCAUCUAAUAAAGCCACAAACAAAAAAUCCAUGUUUGUACCUCCAGCACCGUCAGCUAAUGCAAGAACCCCUGCUCCUGCUGUCAAAUUUUCUAAUGACACAGAGAGGCUUCAACAUAUCAACAGCAUUCGGAAAGCCCCUGUAGGAGCUCAGAUUAAGCGUGUUAUAGAUCUACUGCUAGAGACUAGGCAAGCCUUUACACCUGAGCAAAUAAAUGAAGCCUGCCAUGUUGACACGAAUGCCAACAAAGCUGUCUUUGACAGUUUGAGGAAUAACCCGAAAGUGAACUAUGAUGGGAAGCGUUUCUCUUACAAGUCCAAGCACGAUCUGAAGGACAAGACUCAACUUCUUCACUUAAUAAGGAAAUUUCUGGAGGGCAUAGCAGUCAUUGAUCUUAAAGAUGCAUAUCCAACGGUGAUGGAAGACUUGCAGGCUUUGAAAGCUGCGGGUCAGAUUUGGCUGCUAUCAAACUUCGAUUCACAGGAAGACAUUGCUUACCCAAAUGAUCCCAGGGUGCCCCUUAAGGUGGAUGAUGAUCUCAAACAGCUGUUUCGGGGAAUUGAACUGCCUCGUGAUAUGAUAGAUAUUGAGAGGGAUCUACAGAAGAACGGGAUGAAACCUGCCACCAACACUGCUCAAAGGAGGGCCCGGUCAGAGGUUCAUGGCAUUUCCUCAAAGCAGAAGCCAAAGAAGAAGAAGCACGAGAUCACUAAGAGGACAAAGCUGACCAAUGCCCAUCUACCAGAGCUUUUCCGGAACCUAGAGAAUGGUAAUUCCUGAAGUUCGGACCAGCCGUUGGCAAAACCUUGAGAGGAAGAUCAACUGCAGGCUGCGAAAUAGCAAAUGCUCCUAUGCCCACUUGCAUGGGUUAUGUUUGUAGAUAUGAAGUGUUCUAGUACUGAUAAACCCAAAUUGAUUCUCUUUCCAGAUUUGCAUACAACUGUCCACUGCUGUCGUGGUCGAGCUCUUGUUCCGUCACUUUGAUAGCUAAUGUAAAAGCCAAUCUGGUCCAAACUUCUAAUUUGAGAUUGCCCCAAUAAAUCGUAAUUUGUCUGGAAGUUUAGCUUUGAAUUUCA